CGACCACAACGUAACUCCAAGAUCGGUUCCGAGCAUCGCGUUGUCUAUAGAUAUAGAUAUAGCUAUAGAUAGUAUAGUAUAACCGUAUAACCACUUACCAGUUACCAGAUUGCUUUGGCAACCGUCGUCACGUGAUCGUGUCGCGAUCGCUCAUUCUGCUCAUUUGGCUCAUUCUGCUCGUCAUUCAUCUGUCGCCUCGUCUUGUGCAAUUUGGCUGUCGAAUGUGGAAGAAUGUCUUGCAUCUGGAUUUGUGUACCGAGCUCUUAACGUUUGUCUGCCGCCGUCUGCUGAUCUAGUGCCUUUCAAUCGAUCAGCUUGACCUUUUUGAGUUCGCCGAUCAGGAAAUUGUUGAAAUUCCAACAUCAUCAUCAUCAUCACAAAAUAGUUGAAAAUGUCUAGCCCAUGUGUGUUCCUGCUGAUCGGCUUACUAUAUCUCUGCCUGGGUCCAUUCAUGAUUGCCCAAGGCUCGGAAUUGGCAGAGCGCAACCACAAGAAACGCCAAAUCUAUCGGGAACAAGUAUUGCCACAUGCGGGUGGUAAGAUACCCGACACCGCUUUUGAGACGGACCGAUUGUUUCUGAAUCGCCUGCAGAAGGAGGGCAUCGCAGUGCCAGAUGGCAUAGUGCCCGAGCAGCGGAAUCCUCAGGUGUAUCAGUACUACAACAAACCCAUGCGCACCGUCUUCCACAUCGCCCUCAGCUCGGAUGGGAGGUAUACGCCGCGGGAGGGACGAUACCACUACCGCCAGGUGCCCACGGUGGAGACCACGUACCUGUAUCCGCAGGCGGUGGGACGUCAGCACGUGGUGGUGCCGCCAAAGCACGCCUUGCCCGUCUACCGGCAGCUCCAGUUGCACAAUCCGCUGCUCAACCAGGUCAAGUUGCAGCCGAAGAAGAUGCCCAAUUUUCUGGAACUGGCGCCCACGGUUGGCAAGAGUCAGUCGCAUCCAUUGGCCGGAUCGGCCAAGGCGCAGUCUUAUCAGAAUGUGAAUCUCCUGCAUGGUCACAGUCCGGUGCUGCCCGCUUUCAAGAAAACCACCAGGGGCAGCAAGACCUAUGUGGACAGCUAUGGCACCACCCAUCUCUUCAGCGAGUUUGACGAGCUGCUGAACAAAUUGGACCUGCAGCAAACGGGACGAAAGAAUUAUUAGUUUUAAAGGCAAUAAAAAUACCCAA